UCACUGUCCAAUCCCCAACCCCAGUGGCGGCGAAACGCCCACCAAUUCCCCAGCCGGCCCAACACUUGCCACCGCCCCGCCACCCCGCGCGCGACGCCUCGGAUCACAUCUCCUCGCGCCGCGGUCUCUCCUUUCGAACCAGUUUAAAAGGCCGCCCACACCCACCCAACCCCGGACACCGCUCACGUCCCUGUCUCGCGCUCGCCACGCCAUGCACGUCCUCCGCCUCCUGGCAGCGCGGAGGCCGCGCCGCUCCGUGUCAACCAUCACCGCUGCUGUGGCGCCGCAGAUGUCCGAGAUCCCGGACAGCGAGGCGGAGGAGGACGAGGGCCCGUUCUUCGACCUUGACUUCUCCUCCGUCCGGGCCUCCUCCAGCUCCGGCGCCGCGUCGGGGUCCGAGUCCGACGACGCGUGCACGGAGCUCGACUUCAUCAUCUCACUGCAGCGGAGCCGCUCCGCCUCGCCGUCCUACGAGACCCUCUUCUUCGGCGGCCACCCACAGCCGCUCAAGUUCUGCGCGUCCGAGCUCAGCAGCAAGGCCAGCCUACAGGCGCAGUAUGGCGGCAAGCGCGGGAGCAACCUUCGGAGGCUUAGCUUCGGGACCAAGAAGGCCGCGUUCUACGGCGGCCGCCCCAGCUUCGCACUGAGCUCCAGCAGCGCGCGCACGUUGAGGCUCUUCAUGGAGUCACCGGCGGGCGAGGAUGAGGAGGUCACCGAGUCCAGGCGAGCGCCGUCGGGGGACGUCUUCAGGAGGUACCUGACCAAGAUCUCGAGGCGAUUCCGGAGUGUGCGCCCCCGCGCCGCCGGCGAGGCAAGAGGGCUCCGUCGCCUGCGGAAGAGCCGGUCGGCGUCGGCGGCCGUGACGCUGGCGGCGUCCCGGUCGCUGCUACCGUCCCGCCGCGACGACUCGCUUAUAGAGCAGCAGGACGGCAUCGCCAGUGCCAUCGCGCACUGCAAGGAGUCGCUCCACCGAGCUUCCACGUCAGAGUGCGACUCGUCGCUGUUACGGUCACGGAGUGAUCCUGGAAAAUGUGAAGCUGCAUAGCUUGAAGUUGACUGAAGGUCACCACCUCCGUUCUGAAAAUCCCGACCAAAAUGGAGGUUGAACAUGCAAGCUUGAGCUUCUCGCCAAAAUUCAGUGAAGAAGAAAAAGUACAGAAAAUAUUAAAGUGUCAGAACAUGCCGCUGUUAAGCUAGCUAGAGAUCUUUCAUCCCUAUUUGUUCAUGGGUGUGUGUGUUUCACGUCCUUCGAUUUAGUUUAAGGUUUUUUUUUUUGUUGGAAUCGUGGGAAAAGAGCUAUUUUUAGGCUUUCUUUAUCCCUCAUGUAGAAGCGUGGAUUGUAGCCACGUCUUUUGCAGUUUUCUCUUGUCUCCUUUGUGAGUUUGUGUGCUCUUUCUCAUCCUUUACUAGUUUUGUUUGUACAAGUGACUUGUAAGUACGUCCAUUUUUGAACUUUGAGCUUUGACCAGU